AUGACCACCACACUCACUUCUCUCCCACUCGAAGCCCUCUCCCUAAUUUGCGAGUACAUCGCAAUCUCACACAAGCCCAGCAUAUAUGCAUUCUCUGAAUCAACCAAAUCCUGCCACGCCGCAUCUCGCAGCGCGCGGUUCCGCCGAGUUCGAAUACGCGUCAAAACACGUCGUGGCCUCGACCACGACAUCAGAGAAUGGUACAUAAUUCUGUUACGAAACUCUGCAUUCGGAUGCGUGCAGCAUCUUACUAUUGAAGGGCGACUCGCUCUGUUUUGGGAAGAUGGCGAAACCGCAAGCUCGCUGCCGGCAAAGUUGCUGGACAAUCUGUUAACGGAAUAUCGCCAUGAGGAUGAAUUCACGCGCCCGGGGACGUUUUAUGACCAUAUCCUACGCGGACCAUUCUACCACAUUGGUGUGCAGGAGGACCAGGAUGAGGAUGCUUGGGCGCCAAUGGCUAAACUGUUGGCAAAGCUUACUGGUCUCAGAGACUUGGUGUAUGCAUGCGAGCGGCGUUUUCCUGAACGCCUUUUUGAAGUAUUGCAGCUUCAAAAUCCACAGUGCAAGCUUCAUAUCAGGGCCUUCGACCCGCCUUGCUUGGCUAAAGAGGAGACGGAAGGGGAAGAUGAGGAGUGGGUGGAGGACGAGGACGACGGCGACGAGGACGAAGAUGAAGACGACGUCGUGAGUAAAUAUGAGUAUGCCCUCGUGACUUCUCCAGCUUUGUCAACUGUUAUCGUACCUGUUGCCCACGAUGACAUCUACCGGUGCUCGAACGAGGAAGCUGCGCGGCUGAUGGCCAGAGGACUCGCUCCGAACUUGAAGCAAGUGCACGUAGUUGACAGCGGUCCUGGGUUCAAAUAUAGACCAAUCAACCGAGACAUGUUCAAACAGGGUCUACUCUCCCGCAAGGAAGUGUCUCAAGACAUCCGUGAAAAGAACCUGGGACUUGGCGAGCUUGAGGGCUUGAGCUUAGAUCCCGGUAAUUUGACCCGCUUCGAUUUGUGGAAGGAGACAGUUGACUUCUCGCAUCUACGCAGCUUACAGCUUUGGAGAGUGCACUUAGAUACGCUUGAGAUGGCAACAGCCUGCGACUUCCGAUCGUUAAGCACCCUAGUCCUCGGACUGUUCCCACGUCGUCGAAACCCCUCUCAAGCCCACCUCUCGGAUCAAGCCGCGGGCGCUUUCAUUGCAAGCCUUCGCCCGCUGGAGUCUAUUCAUCUGACUGGUCCCUUCUUCCAAGAAUCAUUCAGUGCCGUACUAAGUAACCACGGCAGUUCACUAAGGAAGCUCUCUCUGUACCCAACCGAAACUUCACGUAUCCCACCAAUAGAUCAGUUCCUCAUCACGUCCACUGAAAUCAGACAGAUACGGCAGCAGUGCCCAAAUGUCUAUGAUCUGAGACUCCAGAUUGAGCGGACAUUGGGUGAUCAUAAAGAACAAGAUAUUUAUAGAGCUCUGGGGGAACUGCCGGGACUUCGACAUCUGUCUCUUCAACUGGAGGUGUGGAAUGCAGUGGACUUAGGAGCCAUGGACAAAGCAGCACUCAGGCAGCCAUGUUAUGCUGAGCACAUAUUCAUCAAUAUAGCAUUGGAUGCGGAGCUAGCCCUUGAAAUCUUCAACCUAAUCGCCAGCAACUCUCGCAUAGAAACCUUGGAGUUGAUGUCAGGGACUGAGUACUUACUGGCCAUGAAGACGACAAUGUAA